UCUUUCCUCCUCCGAUGGCUGUGGCUGCAAUCCGAUUCAGGUAGAUCGACAACGUCGGCGGGAUGGACGAUGCCGGUGAGAUCUGCUCGUUCUCGCGGUCGUCGUCUUCGGCGAGGGAGGACGACGAGGAGGACCAGCGGUGGGCGGCGCUGGAGAAGCUGCCGACCUACGACCGAGCACGGACGGCGCUGCUGGCCAUGCCGCCGGACGGCGAGCUGCGGGAGGUGAACGUCCAGCGGCUCGCCGCCGUGGAGCGGCGCGCGCUGCUGCAGCGCGUCGCCGGCGUCGCCGACGACCAUGCACGCUUCCUCGCCAAGUUCAAAGAACGCGUCGAUCGGGUUGGAAUUAAGCUACCGACGGUUGAAGUGCGGUAUGAGAAUCUGAACAUUGAAGCAGAGUCGUAUGUGGGCAGGAGGGGACUUCCCACCAUUCUCAAUACAUAUACCAUCAUAAUGGAGGGCCUGACAAAUGCUCUUUGCAUUACAAAAAAGAUAACACACAAAAUACCAAUCCUUCACAAUGUGAGUGGGAUUAUCAAGCCUCACAGAAUGACCUUGUUGUUAGGCCCUCCAGGUUCAGGAAAAACAUCACUAUUAUUGGCCUUGGCUGGAACAUCAACCUUAAAGGUAUCUGGAACAAUAACUUACAAUGGGCAUUCAAUGGAGGAAUUUGUGCCCCAAAGAUCUGCAGCUUAUGUUAGCCAACAUGAUGUACAUAUGGCUGAACUGACAGUUCGGGAGACAGUCAAUUUCGCUGCAAAGUGUCAAGGGGUUGGCCAUCAUUAUGACUUGCUAAUGGAACUGUUGAGGAGAGAGAAGGAACAAAAUAUUAAACCAGAUCCAGAAAUUGAUAUAUAUUUGAAGGCAGCUACAACAGGAGAGCAGAAAGCUGAGGUGGUCACAAAUCACAUACUAAAGAUUUUGGGAUUGGAUAUCUGUGCCGACACAAUAGUAGGGAACAAUAUGCUGAGAGGCAUAUCAGGAGGGCAAAAAAAGCGACUAACGACAGCUGAGAUGAUUGUUACACCAGGACGAGCACUUUUCAUGGAUGAGAUAUCAACUGGACUUGAUAGCUCGACAACAUUCCAGAUAGUUAACACCAUCCGACAAACCAUUCGCAUUCUUGGUGGAACAGCAGUUAUUGCUUUGCUACAGCCCGCACCUGAGACAUAUGAAUUGUUUGAUGAUAUAAUUCUACUAUCAGAUGGUCAAGUUGUCUACAAUGGCCCUCGUGAUCAUGUGCUUGAGUUCUUUAAAUCGGUUGGAUUCAAAUGCCCUGAGAGAAAAUGCGUAGCUGACUUCUUGCAGGAAGUUACAUCUAGGAAAGAUCAGAAACAAUACUGGAUAGGUAGUGAUGACACAUACCAAUAUGUUCCUGUUACGAUGAUUGCUGAGGCAUUUCAGUCUUUCCAUGUCGGUCAAGCAAUCAGAAGUGAGUUGGCAAUCCCAUUUGAGAAGAGCAAGAAUCACCCCGCUGCGCUGGCAACAUCUAAGUAUGGUGUUAGCAUGAAAGAACUACUCAAAGCAAACAUUUAUAGAGAGAUAUUGCUAAUGAAAAGAAAUUCGUUUUUGUAUAUAUUCAAGGCAAUUCAGCUAAAACUGGUCGCAAUAAAUGCAAUGACUGUGUUUAUCCGAACCAAUAUGUAUCGUGACUCGAUAGAAAAUGGGAGGUCAUACAUGGGAGCACUAUUCUAUGGAAUGAUGAUGAUUGUGUACAGUGCUUUGGCAGAAAUGGGACCAGCUAUUGCGAAGCUCCCAGUUUUGUUCAAGCAAAGAGAUCUAUUAUACUACCCAUCAUGGACAUAUUCCUUGCCAUCUUGGAUCAUUAAGAUCCCUAUCUCCUUCCUCAACACAACAGUUUGGGUCUUCCUAACAUACUACGUCAUUGGAUUUGAUCCAAAUGUACUGAGAUUUUUCAGACAGUUCCUUGUACUUUUUGUUUUGUGUGAGGUAAUAUAUGCACUUUUCCGCUUCAUUGUUGCCCUUACAAGGCAUCCGGUUAUUGCAAGCAACAUGGGCCCAUUCUGCAUCCUCAUUUUUAUGCUUUCAUGUGGAUUCAUCUUGACUAGAGAUGAUGUCAAGAAAUGGUGGAUAUGGUUGUAUUGGAUAUCACCCCUAAUGUAUGCCUUAAACGCUUUAGCCGUAAAUGAAUUCCUAGGUCAAAUCUGGAACAAGUCAAUACUUGGUUACAAAGGACCACUUGGAAGGCUAGUUUUAGGAUCUAGUAGUUUUCUUCCUGAGACCAAAUGGUAUUGGAUUAGUAUUGGCGCCUUGCUCGGAUAUGUGCUUUUAUUCAAUGUCCUCUACACCAUAUGUCUCACAUUUCUCACACUAUUUAGCAGGAGCCAACCAACAAAGCCUCAGGAAAUGUUGCAGAUAAAACAACAUAAUUUAACUAAUGAAGUUUUGGAAGCAUCGUCUGGAGGGCGUGCUGCCUGCAAUACAAUAUAUGCUAAGGAAAUCAUCAAUGAUGAAGCAAAUUCGUACCAUGCAACAAGACAUUCUAGUGCUGGAAAUAAAGGAAUGGUUCUCCCUUUUGUACCUCUUUCCAUCACCUUUGAAGACAUAAGAUAUAGUGUAGACACGCCAGAGGCAUUUAAAGCAAAAGGUAUGACAGAGGGUCGACUGGAACUAUUGAAAGAUAUCAGUGGUUCUUUUAGGCAAGGAGUACUUACAGCUCUUAUGGGUGUCAGUGGUGCGGGAAAGACAACACUGCUGGAUGUGUUGGCUGGGAGAAAAACUAGUGGAUAUGUACAGGGUAGUAUUACCAUCUCUGGCUACCCAAAAAAGCAAGAAACUUUUGCCCGAAUUUCAGGAUAUUGUGAACAAAAUGACAUCCAUUCACCAAAUGUAACUGUCUAUGAGUCCCUUAUGUUCUCCGCAUGGCUUAGAUUACCUGUUGAAAUUGAUUCUGCGACAAGAAAGAUGUUUGUUUAUGAAGUCAUGGAGCUGGUGGAGAUUCUCUCCUUAAAAGAUGCACUGGUUGGAUUACCUGGCGUUAGUGGAUUAUCAUCUGAACGAAGGAAAAGACUAACAAUAGCAGUGGAACUAGUUGCAAACCCAUCCAUUAUAUUUAUGGACGAACCAACAUCUGGACUUGAUGCACGAGCAGCAGCCAUUGUGAUGAGAGCAAUAAGAAAUACGGUGGACACAGGAAGAACCGUUGUUUGCACAAUUCACCAACCAAGCAUUGAGAUAUUUGAAUCUUUUGAUGAGCUCUUCCUAAUGAAACAAGGAGGUGAAGAGAUUUAUGUAGGUCCUAUAGGACGACAAUCAUGUGAAUUAAUUAAAUAUUUUGAGGCUAUUCAAGGUGUCAGCAAGAUAAAAGAUGGCUACAAUCCUUCAACAUGGAUGUUGGAAGUGACUAGUACAACGCAGGAACAAAGAACUUGCGUGGACUUUUCUCAAAUAUACAAGAAUUCUGAGCUAUAUAGGAGGAACAAAAAUUUGAUUAAGGAGUUAAGUGCACCUCCUGAAGGUUCAAGCGACUUAUCAUUUCCAACUCAAUAUUCACAGCUUUUUCUUACACAAUGGUUGGCUUGCCUAUGGAAGCAACAUCUAUCGUAUUGGAGAAAUCCUCCUUAUAUUGUUGUGAGGUACCUCUUCACUAUUGUAGUUGCACUCUUGUUCGGAACCAUGUUCUGGGGUAUUGGCAAAAAAAGACAAAAUCAACAAACCUUGUUCAGUAUCAUGGGUGCCAUGUAUUCGGCAUGUAUGGCAAUGGGGGUGCAGAACUCUAGUUCUGUUCAGCCAGCUAUCUUUGUUGAGCGCACGAUCUUUUACAGGGAAAGAGCAUCACACAUGUACUCUGCUUUGUCGUACGCCUUGGGACAGGUUGCAAUUGAAUUUCCAUACAUUUUUCUUCAGACCAUAAUAUAUUGUGUGCUAGUGUAUGCCAUGGUAGGGUAUGAGUGGACAUGUGCCAAAUUUCUUUGGUACCUCUUCUUCAUGUUCUUCACACUAUCAUACUUCACAUUUUAUGGCAUGAUGAUGGCGGGUUUGACUCCAAACAAUGCCAUGUCUGCUGUUGUUUCCACGGCAUUCUAUAACAUAUGGAACCUUUUCUCAGGAUUUCUAAUACCACGGAUUAGAAUUCCAGUAUGGUGGAGGUGGUACUAUUGGAUGUGCCCUGUUGCUUGGACACUCAAUGGAUUGCUUACAUCACAGUUUGGGGAUGUAAAUGACAAGUUUAAUAAUGGCGUGAGUGUAUCUGACUUUAUCGAGAGCUACUUUGGUUACAAGCAGGACUUGUUGUGGGUGGCCGCUGUGGCAGUUGUCUCCUUUGCUAUUCUCUUUGCCUUCCUUUUUGGACUCUCACUUAGGCUAUUCAACUUCCAGAAGAGAUAAGUAAGGAAGACCAUGUCGAGUUUCAGACUUUGAUCAAAUAUUGGUUAUCAUAGAUGUUUUACAGUAUGUGCAUAAUGGCAUAAUGGCAUAUAACAUGCUUACAAGCAUCUGUUUUGCCAAUAUAAAAUGCAGCCGUGCCGAGUGAGUUUGUUUAAUGGCUGUUUGCAAAA